AUGGCCGCGCCAGCCCCGGGCUUCAUUUCAGUCUUCUCGAGCCCGCAGGAGCUAGGCGCUUCGCUGGCGCAGCUGGUGGCUCAGCGGGCAGAGUCCUGUCUGGCGGGAGCCCGCGCCCGCUUCGCGCUCGGCCUGUCAGGCGGCAGCCUUGUCUCGAUGCUGGCCCGCGAGCUGCCCGCCGCUGCUGCCCCCGCCGGGCCCGCCAGCCUCGCGCGCUGGACGCUGGGUUUCUGCGACGAGCGCCUCGUGCCCUUCGAUCACGCCGAGAGCACGUACGGCCUCUACCGGGCCCAGCUGCUGUCCAGGCUGCCUAUCCCAGAAGGCCAGGUGAUCACCAUUAAUCCCUUGCUGCCCGUGGAGGAGGCAGCCGAGGACUAUGCCAAGAAGCUGAGAGAGGCCUUCCAAGGAGACUCCAUCCCAGUCUUCGACCUGCUCAUCCUGGGGAUUGGGCCUGAUGGCCACACAUGCUCACUCUUCCCAGACCACCCACUCCUGCAGGAGAAGGAGAAGAUUGUGGCUCCCAUCAGCGACUCCCCAAAGCCACCACCUCAGCGAGUGACCCUCACACUUCCUGUGCUGAACGCAGCCCGAACUGUCAUCUUUGUGGCAACUGGAGAAGGCAAGGCAGCUGUUCUGAAGCGCAUCCUGGAAGACCACGAGGAGAGCCCGCUCCCCGCCGCUCUGGUGCAGCCGCACACGGGGAAGCUGUGCUGGUUCCUGGACGAGGCGGCCGCCCGCCUCCUGACUGUGCCCUUCGAGAAGCACUCCACAUUGUAGCCCACUGGGCAGACACCACAGUUGGGACCACAUGUACCUGAGUGGCAGGGGCCUUCCAGAGCUGGGCGCCACUCGCCACCAUGCUCCUGAGUGUGUUUGAGCAAAGCCACGUGGCACUUCCAGAAGCCAUGAGGGCUCGGUUGUGGCUUAACUCAUGGGCCAUGACUUUGAGCAAACUGGAUAUUAAAAGAAACAUUGGUCGGA